UUGGAUGUCAUUUCCGCCUUUUCCAUUCCAAGCCUCCGGCGGGCUCACGUGGAGCCCAGGAGCAAUUUUUUGUUCGUUGGGCGCCGUCGUCUCUGCCGCGCUGACUGCCGCUGUCGCCCACAGAGCCUGCCGCUGAACCCCAAGCCCUUCCUGAACGGGCUGACGGGGAAGCCCGUGAUGGUGAAGCUGAAGUGGGGCAUGGAGUAUAAGGGCUACCUCGUCUCUGUCGAUGGCUACAUGAACAUGCAGCUGGCGAACACGGAGGAGUACAUUGACGGCGCCUUGUCGGGCCACCUGGGCGAGGUCCUCAUCAGAUGCAAUAAUGUCUUAUACAUCAGAGGGGUUGAAGAAGAGGAAGAAGAUGGAGAAAUGCGAGAAUAGAAGUUUGUAUAGAUGAAAAUAAAGAUCAGUUUUUUCAC